AUGUAUUCCGUUCUGUUGGAGGUAGGAGAUAAAGCUAACAACACCAAGUACAGCCGGAGGACGCUGCCGUUUGACAACGAAUCUAACGUCACCAUGACAGCCAAUCCUAUAACGGUAGAGGGCGCUGUAGGAACUGCAAACAGUAUCUGGAUAGAUAAUCUAGACAAACAAGUAGUGAUUAACUGGCAAGGUGUUUUCGAAAAUAAAAAUCAUAACAAAUUCAAUCUGCUGAAUACUGUUGCAACAUUCAAACCGCAGACAAUAAUGCACUUCCGACAUAAGAACGUGUCCUCAGUCUUGGAUGAUCACGAAGGAAAACGUACACUUAAGAAAAUAGCUAACAAAAAUGGAAUAACCAAAGUACAAAUAACUCAUAAUCUUAAAGGUCAUGGGGGGCUUCGACCUUGGACAAAUGUAGCUGGCUUUCUGGACGAGAAGGCGACCCUAAACAUUUCACGUUUGGACGGCGAAACAAUACAGAUAUCAGUAAAGGCCUUUGAUGUUAUGGGGAACAGUGCCACGCAGUCAAUAUUCAUGAAUAUUGACUCAACAUUACCUGAUGUGGAAGAACCUAAAUUGGACCCGAAUGUUAAAAAUGGAACAUUUCCGUUCUCAAGUGGAGUCCGAUUCUUGACUUACGAUGGACAGAGUGGGAUUUCCAUGUUUAAAUGGAAGAUCAAGACAAACGAAUCGGAAGAGAUUUUUCAUGAGGGACAAUCACAAGGGAACCGAACAGAGGGAACGCCAUCUAAACAUGAGGGAGAUUGCAGUCCAGGAGGAGGCUGUUUCUAUUACCUCCACCAGUUUGCGAUAAACAACUGCUGGCUGAUGGUACCCAAAGAUAAGCUGGAGACCCAGGUCAUUGAUAUUCACAUUGACGUUUUUAACCUGGCAAUGCUCAAUGCAACCGUUCGUUUGCAGAUUAACCAUUUGCCUUCGUUUGAUGGUAUAGAGGAGUAUUACGGACCGAUGGACCUUGUGGUUUCCGGAAAAACAUCCAGCAGUGCGAACUUCCAGUGGCACCAGGGACCGAGCUGUUACGACCGAACAGACAUACUACUGAUGUAUAACGUGUCUGGACAGUCACGGACAAUGCACGUACACAAGGACUCGGAAUACUACACGCUGGGUAACCUGGACCCGGAGACUACGUACACCGCACAGUUUGUCGUUGAGUACGGCGAUGAAAAAAGUGACCCCGUAAAAAUUACUUUCACGACAGGAGAAUAUGAAGGUUUAUCAGCGGGCGUUAUAGCAGCAAUCACUAUAGUUAUGCUGAUCCUUGUGGGCUUACUAAUAGCUGGCAUAGUGCUCUGGAGGACAGGCAAGCUCAAUCGCUACAAAGAGUCAAUCUACGGUCAAAUACAGCGGCGGAUAACCAGUCGUCGGCGAUCUAACACCUACAACAACUCGAGAGAGGUCAACAAGCAGAGAGACGAGAGAGGUCAAGAACGAAAGUCAUUUGCGAACCUGGCCUAUUCGGAUGUCGGUGAUGAGGAUGUGUAUAUGUAUGGUCAAAUGGUGUUUAAUGAGAACCAGUCGUGGGAGGUUCAUCACGCUGAAGUGUCUCUAGUUGAAAAGAUGAUUUCUGGACGGUUUGCUGACGUUUUCAAAGCUUCACAAAACUGCAAAAGGAACAACAGAAAGAUCGUCGUCGCCAAAGUGUUAAAGGAGUCACAUACCGAAAUAGACGAAUUGGUUAUGAAUGCUAAGAUAAACUUCUUCGCUACAAAGGUUGGUUCCCAUUCCAACGUUAUUCAAUUCGUUGGGGCUAUCCUUGACAACAAACCACUGGGUCCUUUCAUGCUGUUGGAGUUGUGUGAGACAGGUGUAAUGAGGACGUGGCUGCAGAAUCACCGAACGAAUGUGACCGACAGUGUCGUAGAUACCCUGUAUCGUAUGACCUUUGACAUAGCUAAGGGAAUGGAUUUCCUCGCCUCCAAACAGGUAUAA